UCGAUUAAUCGAUUGACAUCGCGCAUCCCAUCAUUUCCAUUCCCAUGGCGCAUCCCUACUAUCCGUUGUGACGUGCGUCGCUUCAACUGAAUGUUUUCUGGUUAAUGUAAUCUCUGGAAUUAAGCUGGAAGGUGAUGAUAAGAAAUUAUCCGCAAUAAUGGCAUCAGCAUUGGAGCAGUUUGUAAAUAAUGUUCGAACGUAUUCGAAGCAAGGCAGUUUUAGAGAACUAUAUGAUUUCAUAAGCAAAAGUGUCGAAGUAUUAACGAAAAAUGGACAACACUUGGACAAUGUCUUGGAAACGUUAGAUCUGCAGCAGCACUCGUUAGGUAUUCUGGCGGUGCUCUGCGCAAAAUUUGCCAUGCCCAAUCCUAACAGUGGGAAUAACCAUGAUGCGUCAAAAAUUUUGUUUAAUCAAGUUCAGGAAUUUAUUAUCGGCUGUAACGGAGAGCAAGUUAGAUUUGCGCCAGAUACAUACGCAGAAUUAUGCCACUUGUUUACACAGAGCUUAGUUGAGUCAAAAACGCCAUUACGUGGAAUCAUAUUAUUGCGUCGCGCAAUACGUAAAAUACAACUUUUUGACAGUCAGCUGACCUCAAUACACGCAGACCUGUGCCAAUUAUGUCUUUUGUCCAAGUGUUUUAAACCUGCGCUUGAUUUUCUCGAUAUAGAUGUCACAGGCAUUAGCCAGGAAGGAGGGCAGUUUGAUUCAAAAUAUUUCUUAUUGUACUACUAUUAUGGUGGUAUGAUAUAUACAGCACUAAAGAACUAUGAUCGGGCAUUGUAUUUCUUCGAAGUGUGUGUAACGACGCCGGCGAUGGCAGUUAGUUACAUCAUGCUGGAGGCCUAUAAAAAGUACAUUUUGAUCUCGUUAAUAUUACAUGGGAAAGUGUUAAAUCUGCCCAGAUAUACGAGUCAAGUGAUCAAUAGAUACAUCAAGCCAUUGAGCCAGCAAUAUCAAGAAUUGGCUACAGCCUACUUGAUUAAUAGCUGUGAAGAAGUACAGAAUAUUAUCGCCAAAUAUCAGCAAAUAUUUGUGAGAGAUCAUAAUCUAGGACUUGUAAAACAGGUGCUUGGUUAUUUAUAUAAGAAAAACAUACAGAGGCUGACUAAGACUUUCCUGACGCUUAGUUUAAGUGAUGUUGCAAGCAGAGUUCAGUUGUCAGGACCUGCUGAAGCAGAAAGAUAUAUUUUGAAUAUGAUUGAAGAUGGCGAAAUUUUUGCGACUAUUAAUCAAAAAGAUGGUAUGGUAGUAUUUCACGAUGACCCUGAAAAAUAUAAUUCACCACAAAUGCUUGCAAAUUUUGAGAAGGAAAUGGCAGCAUGCACGGAGCUAGAUAAACGAGUACUGGAAAUGGAAGAAGAGGUUGUCCUUACUCCACAAUAUGUUCGUAAAGCUUGCGGACAAAAUGAUCAAGAUGAUCAAGCCGCUGGACCUGCACCAACAAACGUCACAAAUGCACAAGGUCAAAUUAAACAAAACACUUACUCUAUGUAACAUACAUAUAUACAUGUCGUUGUUAUCCUUAUUAAAAAAUGAGAAAUCACAAAUUUUGUUGAGAGUCAAGACUUCAAUAUCUGAAAGCUUGCUUUUUGAAUGAUGAUUGUAAUUAGGAAAAUAUUUUUGCGACUUGGGUUGUCUAUUUUUUAAACAUUUUUUUAAUAGGAAUUUCUUAAAACUUAUAAUUGAAACUAAAAAACUAAUAAGUUGAACUAAUAACGAUAUACAUGUACAUACAUGUUUCAGAGAUUUUUUUUAUUUUAUUUUAUGUAAUACACACACACACACAACACACACACACAAAUAUUGUAUUAAUGACUCACAAUUUAUGUCUUUGCAAAAUAGCAAACAUACAAUAUCAUUCAUCCAUCAAAAUCUCUGUAACAUAAUUUAAAACUAGGUUUAUAUAAAUCCAUAAUUAUCUACAUAGAAAUUAUUAUAUAUGGUUAUUGUCUUCAAAGUAUCUCUGACGUCAUGCUCAUUGUUACAAAAUAAUAAAUAAUUCAUUUUAUAUAA